UCCCUUUUUCUUUUCUUCGGUCAAUCAAAGUUAAAUUGUAAAUAAAGUGAAUUUUAUUUGAUUGGUUUGUUAAUUGUUACGAUGUCGUUAAUUUAUCGAUCAUUGAUCACAUCGGUUGGUAAAUUUGUACCUAAAGGCUUGAAACCUCUAUGGGAACAUCCUGCUGGUCCUACAACUGUUUUCUUUUGGGCUCCAGCAUUUAAAUGGGGUCUUGUGAUUGCUGGAUUAGCUGAUUUGAAUCGACCUGUUGAUAGAAUUAGUCUCGCACAAUCUUCAUCAUUAACUGCAACUGGUGUAAUUUGGUCACGAUACUCGCUAGUCAUCACCCCGAAGAAUUGGAGUCUAUUCAGUGUAAAUGUAUUUGUGGCAUUGACAUCAGGAUAUCAAGUGUUCAGAGUAGCUAAUCAUAAGUUAUCAUCGAAAAAUGUUUGAUUUUAUUUUUAUUGUUGAUCUUUGGGUUGGUAUAUAUUAGAAUUAUUGUGAUUAAUAGAAUUGCUAAAAUGUUUUAUUAAUUAAUUAUGAAAAUAUGAUUAAUUAAAAUGCAUCAAAUUGUUUGA